CCAACUGUACAUGUUGUACCGAUUAGAGUGAUACGUACCUAUUCCAAAUAUCCUUUCACUGAGUAGCUAGGGCUAGGACUGGAUAUAAUCCACGAUAUGGUACUCCAUAGAAAUAGUCAAAUAGGUCACUGCUUGGAAAUUCCAGUACCGAUAGCUAUGUGUACAGCGUUCUAACUGUACUGCACUGUGAUACCUACCUAGUCCAAAUAUUCUUUCACUGAGUAGCUAGGGCAGGACAGGUUGGGAAAAUCUUCCUUUCCAAUAACUUUUUUUUUUCUACAUCCUACAGUGUACCAAUCAUAUAAGACCCGUGUCGUCUAAAUAAGUAGUAUUCCUUCUCCAUACCUAGGAUUAUAAACCUUUUUUUGCGGCAGACCUAGAAUAUCAAUCUGCAAAGCUGUCAUGGCGAACAGUGGUGCAUUUCAUCGUUCCAUUACCUUGCAAGCCUUUAUAGUCCUAUUUGUGCUUUCAAUUUUUGCAGCAGAUGCUGAGGGAGGGGAUGGAUGCCCGCGUUUCUCUUGUGGUUAUCUCCGAGAUGUCCGGUCUCCUUUCCGCUGGCGAGGUGAUCCACCUGAGUGCGGCUCUCAAUCACACGAGCUGGUUUGCAGCGAUAGUAAGGCUAGAAUUCUCAUCAGCAAUACUGCAUACUAUGUGGCUACCAUCAACUACACCAGUUCGUCUUUCUGGGUUGUGAACGCCAACUUGGAUACAAACAGAAGCUGCUCUCUUCCUUACUACUCUUUCCCACAGGAGGGAAUAACUGAUUCAGAUGGCUUUGUGGAUUUCUAUGCUAAGUCCCCUUGGGCAUGCUUUGUUAAUUGUUCACGAGUAAUAGCGAACAAUAGUUUGUACAAAUCUGUUGCUUGCCUGAGUGCAAAGAAUUCACAUGUUUAUGUCCUGGCUGGCAUAGACUCGUGCACGAUCGAAUAUCUCCAACCUUCUUGUCGAGUCGUCAACAUGAUUCCCAUUGGUGAGGAAUGGGAUUUCUUCAAACAGAAUGCAAGUUAUGAUGAUAUCGUGGCAUUCAUAAGGAUGGGAUUUACAGUCUGGUUUCCUUUUCGUCGUGAUAGUGAUAGAGAUCCCUCGAGGGUUGAGAUUAUUGACAAAUGUGUGAACAACUCAACAAGCUACUUCAAGAAGCUUAUCUCCGAUCCAAUAGCGAUGCACUGGUUUCGUGCUAUUUUCUUUACGGGAAAUCAAUUCAUAAGCUGUUUAUAUCCUUAUGAGUAUGGUCACCCAAUAUCACAAGGGCUAUUAUUCAGUUCUGCAACCAUAAUAUAUUCUAUUGAUGUCCUCAAGUUCCUUUUUGGUCUCUGCAGAUUUGUACUGGCACCCUUGGCUGUAUUAAUCUUCCUUGCCCACAAGUACUGGAAAACAAGGAUCAUAAUUGAUGCAGUUGAAAAGUUCCUCCGGAUGCAACAAAUGAUCGGCCCAGUGAGGUACGCCUACACAGACAUCACUGCAAUCACCGGCCAUUUCAGAGAUAAAUUGGGCCAAGGGGGCUACGGCUCCGUGUACAAGGGAGUGCUACUCCCAGGCGAUGUUCAUGUCGCGGUCAAGAUGCUAGAGGGUAACUCCAAUUGUAAUGGAGAAGAUUUCAUCAGUGAGGUCUCCACGCUAGGCAGGAUUCACCAUGUCAAUGUGGUUCGUUUAGUGGGGUUCUGCUCCGAGGAAAUGAGGAGGGCGCUAGUCUAUGAGUACAUGCCUGAAGGUUCUCUUGACAAGUACAUUUUCUCCGCCGAGAAGAUUUUCUCUUGGGACAAGCUCAUUGAGAUUGCUUUGGGCAUUGCCAGGGGGAUCAACUACCUCCAUCAGGGAUGUGAGAUGCAAAUUGUACACUUCGACAUCAAGCCACACAACAUUCUUCUUGAUGCCAAUUUUGUUCCCAAAGUUGCUGAUUUCGGUCUCGCCAAACUUUACCCAAAGAAUAACAGUUUUGUGCCACUGAGUGUUCUACGGGGAACUGUCGGGUACAUAGCUCCUGAAAUGAUAUCCCGGAGCUUUGGCGUCAUAUCAAGCAAAUCCGACGUUUACAGCUUCGGGAUGUUGCUGCUGGAGAUGGCUGGAGGACGUAGGAACUCUGACCCGAAUGCAGCGAACUCGAGUCAGGCAUACUAUCCGUCAUGGGUGUAUGACAGGCUAAAGAAGCAAGAAGAGGAAGAUGAGAUAUCUUCUGCAGCGGCUGAGAUGCAUGAGCUGGAGAGGAAGUUGUGUCUUGUUGGGCUUUGCUGCAUCCAGAUGAAGUCCCAUGAUCGGCCGACGAUGAGCGACGUCAUAGACAUGCUUCAAGGUGGUGUCAAUGGCUUGGAGGUGCCUUCCAGGCCAUUUUUCUGCGAUGAUGAGGAUACCGACAUAGCAGAUUCUUACCAUUUCUUCUCGGAGCUUACUGCAAUCUCCGAGGAGGAGGUGAGCGAAGAGAUACAUACAUGCAACUGAUUUAAUUAUUCCGAGGAGGCGAUCCACUUAUUUAGCUUUAAAACAUUCAAAGUUAUGGUUUUUGUGUUGUACGGAGUCAGAAAUAAUCUUUCCAUGUUUCUCUCUAUACUUUUGAUCUUGUAUGCAGAAACUUUGUAAUACCUAUGUUAGAACU